GCCGCUGUCCCCGGGGCGGGCGCGGGGGGGCCCUGCGUGCCCGGGAGCCGCAUCACGGUACCGUGACUCAUCCCGCGGCCGUGACGUCACCACCCGCCACUGCCGCCGUGACGUCACCGCACGGCCCUCCGACGUCAGCCUGGCCGCCGGGGAUGCGCUGCGGCCGCGGGGGCACCUCUCGGUCCCUCUGGUCCCCCUGCGACCCCGCGGCUACCCCGGCCCUCCGUGCCCUCCGUGUCACCCGUAUCCGUUGUGUCCCGCCUUGUCCCCCGUGUCCCCACCAUGUGCCCCUGUUCUGCCUUGUCCCCAGUGUCCCUCUGUGUGUCCCUGUGUAGAUGUCAUGCGAACGUCAUGCAGACGAGCCUGGGACUCAUCCCGAGGGAUCGCGCGGGGGGAGAAGGGGAGCUCCACCGUAACGAGAUGCAAUCUAGGGGCGGGGCCGCGGACGAUAUGCAAAUGAAAUGCAAACGCAGCGGGACUGGUCCGGACACGCCCCCUCCUCACGUGAUCCAGGCGCCCCACGUGAUCCGGGCCACCCGCUCUCCUGCGCACUUCUCUGACGUCACUUCCGUCGCGGCCGCUGCCGGUGGGGGGCACCGGGCCCCGGACCCCCCCCCCGUCGCCGUCAUGGCGGACGAUGGCGGCGAAGAGAAGAAGCAGGUGGCCAAGUUCGAGCUGGAGCGGGAGACGGAGCUGCGGUUCGAGGUGGAGGCGGCGCAGACGGUGCAGCUGGAGCUGCUGACCGGCAUGGCCGAGGUGUUCGGCACCGAGCUCACCCGCAACAAGAAGUUCACGUUCGACGCGGGCGCCAAGGUGGCCGUGUUCACGUGGCACGGCUGUACCGUCCAGCUCAGCGGCCGCACCGAGGUGGCCUACGUGUCGCGGGACACGCCGAUGCUGCUGUACCUGAACACGCACACGGCGCUGGAGCAGAUGCGGCGCCAGGCCGAGCGGGAGGACGAGCGCGGGCCCCGCGUCAUGGUGGUGGGGCCCACCGACGUGGGCAAGACCACCGUGUGCCGCCUGCUGCUCAACUACGCCGUGCGCCUGGGCCGCCGGCCCACCUUCGUGGAGCUGGACGUGGGGCAGGGCUCGGUGUCCAUCCCCGGCACCAUGGGCGCGCUGUACAUCGAGCGCCCGGCCGACGUGGAGGAGGGCUUCUCCCUGCAGGCCCCCCUCGUCUACCACUUCGGCUCCACCACGCCCGGCACCAACAUCAAGCUCUACAACAAGAUCACGUCGUGCCUCGCUGAUGUCUUCAACCAGCGGUGCGAGGUGAACCGGCGGGCGUCGGUGAGCGGCUGCGUCAUCAACACCUGCGGCUGGGUCAAGAGCUCGGGCUACCAGGCGCUGGUGCACGCUGCCUCCGCCUUCGAGGUGGACGUGGUGGUGGUGCUGGACCAGGAGCGCCUCUACAACGAGCUCAAGCGGGACCUGCCCCACUUUGUGCGUACCGUGCUGUUGCCCAAGUCCGGCGGUGUGGUGGAGCGCUCCAAGGACUUCCGCCGGGAAUGCCGGGACGAGCGCAUCCGUGAGUACUUCUAUGGCUUCCGUGGCUGCUUCUACCCACACGCCUUUGACGUCAAGUUCUCCGACGUCAAGAUCUACAAGGUGGGCGCGCCCACAAUCCCGGACUCGUGCCUACCGCUGGGAAUGUCACAGGAGGACAACCAGCUGAAGCUGGUGCCGGUGACACCGGGGCGGGACAUGGUGCACCACCUGCUGAGUGUCAGCACUGCCGACAGCCCUGAUGACAACAUCUCCGAGACCAGCGUGGCCGGCUUCAUCGUGGUUACCGGUGUGGACCUGGAGCGCCAGGUCUUCACUGUGUUGUCCCCGGCUCCACGCCCCCUGCCCAAGAACUUCCUGCUCAUCAUGGACAUUCGCUUCAUGGACCUCAAGUAGAGGAAGGGCAGGAUGUGCCUCCCGCCUCCUCCUUUUCCCUGUGCCCCCUCAUCCCCCAAAGCGGUGCUACCCUGGUGCAGCACCCGCUCUUUGGUUUUAUACUUUUUGUAUGGUUUGCUAUUAAAUCUGGAAUCCUG